CGUUCUAAGCAAUCGAAAGAAAAAAGAGGGUCAACAAGGCAGCACGUCAGACGAUCGCAAAGCUCGCGUUUCAUUCAUUCUCUGGGCGAGGUAAAUACCCCCAGACACCGACCGCUUCCCUCAGAAACCACUCAGAUGUGUUGGAAGAAGGGGCCUACGUUCCGACUAAGACGACUUGUGCUCACGAAAGGCACUGAAGCCCGCCAGUUCGACAGACAACACCCGAGGCUUAGGACGCUGUUGUUUGAAAACCCUUCCCGACUUGCAUUUUAAAUAGCUCACAUCUGUCGACUGGAAAAUAUUUUUUUCCGGCAACGUUUUAGCACUUUCGCGGUCGAAAUCUACCAGAGUCGUCGCCCAAAGUGGUCUGCUACCGAGUUUUGGAAUUCCUUUAUUCAAGAAGUUCUUCUAAGUGAAGAUAUUCGACCGAAUUCGGUCGGUUAUCACCCGGGGUGAAUUUUGAUCUCGUCCGGUCCUCCAUCUUGGUAUUACGACGACCCCGGCCCGAACUGGUUUUUCCGCGCCAAAUCAGCUCUGCUUCGCGCGCAGCUCAGGCAUGCAAUCAUGGAUCCGGACCUCGAACCAUACCAAGUCCUAGACGAGAUUGGCUCCGGGAGUUUCGGAGUGGUGUACUCGGCCAUCAGCCUGAAGAACAGUAAGCACUAUGCCAUCAAGAAAAUCAAGUGCACAAAUCCCGAAAACAUCGAGAUAGCCCUGCAGGAAAUGUGGACGCUGACCCGUCUCACAGACCACCCAAACAUAGUCAAGAUGAUCGAGUGUUACCUGCAGAACGGCGGGAUUCACCGUGUCAAACAUGGUGAAGAUGACUACCUGUGUUUAGUAGAAGUCUGCCUGAAGGGGAAGACAUACCACCAACUUCCCUUCUCGAACUCCCACAAACCCUGUGGCAAACAGCUGGGCCCCCACAUCCCCCAUGGGCAGCUGAAUCUGUGGCUAGUGAUGGAAUACUGUAAUGGAGGAACCAUGAAUGACUAUCUAUUGGAAAGAGAACCUGAUCCAGAGACUAAUGCAAGGUUUAUGACACAACUUUCGGGGGCAGUAUCCUUUCUGCACGACAACAAUGUUGUGCACAGGGACUUGAAACCAGACAAUGUGCUAGUGUGCCAACCAAGAAAUGGGGAUCCACCACAUGUGAAAAUCGGGGACUUCGGCCUCUCCAAGAUAUGCAAUGCUAGUAACCUUAGCCACAACACGGACAUCAACGCUUACCAAAUGAACUCUGCAUGUGGCUCUGACUACUUCAUGGCACCAGAGGUUUUCGAAGGGAGCUACACUGCCAAAGCUGACAUUUUUGCUCUGGGGAUCAUAUUCUGUUCCAUGAUGGAGAGAACUACAUGUUACGACAAGGAAAGCAAUAAACUGCUGCUGGUCACCUGCAUCACCAACGGCAAGGAGAACGUUCCUGUUGGAAAGGCUCUCCAGGACGACCCAAAACUGACAUUUGAAGUGUUGAAAUGUGGACGGAACAACAGACUGAAGACCCUGGUGCAGUCCAUGGUGGCCAUUAAUCCCGAUGAGAGGCCUACUGCAGAUGUACUACACAAAAAGCUGCAAGAUAUCGUCAAAAGGCAGCCUGGAUGGACUGUCUGUGUGACAUCACAAAGGGUUUCAAAAGGAAAGCGCAAGCGGAGGUUCACUGUGUCCUAACAGCCUCUAGGCUGCCACCGGAAUACAACAUGUCAGGUGUCAAGAAUUCUAAAGUUUUAUAUGUACUCUAUAGGAGAUACUUUCUGUUCAGUUGCUGCUCUCAGUUUAUAUUACCGUUCCAGCGUUCGUUCCUUUUGUAAAAAAAAUGGAUACAUUUCAUUUAUGUUUACUUUUAGGAUUCUCCUUUCAUUGCCUUUUCAUUGGUCUAUACGUGUUAACAAAAUACAUGAUAUUUAAUGAAUAUACUUACAAAGUCUUCUCACAACUUGUACAAUACCAUUGAAUGAAAUUUUUGUAAGGUAUAGACAUAUAUUAUGUGGAUUUUAGUCAGAAUUGACAAGGGGAAAGGAAAUGUACUAGCCCUAUUUUACCCUCCUUGAAACCAUCCAAAUGGCCAGGGGUAGACUUACCCCCAAUAUACGGCAUUGUAAAGGAUGUACAACAGUUGACAAAACAGAUUACACCAAGAAUCUAUUUUAGUUCUGCAUUUACUGAUACUUUCACAUAAAAUGAUCAGAAGUCUGAUGACGGUUGAUAGAAUAUUAUAUAAGGAAGGAACUUUUACUAAAAUUGAAGAAGUCAUACAUAUUCUGAAUGAUGUAAUUGAUCUGACUUGGUCAUUAUCUGUGAGAAUGAAAUGUAGCUCUUACAAAAAAUAAGCUUAUAUUUAACGACUUUAUUGUUGAAUUUCUCACAUGUAUUCUUGUUGGGAACCCCAUAUGGACAGAUAUUCCAUGUUAGCACCUUGAUGGUCAUUAAUGUUGAUGAGAUUGAACUAUACGGACUUUCCCGAAGACUUUGGUUACGCUGCUAUUACCUAUGAAAGCUCUUUGGUGCAAUUUGUGAGGACACUUAAAAGUGUGAACAGUACUUAGUGAUAGGUUUUGUGCCAUACCAUUCCAAGUGUUACAAGCAACAAUUCAGUUAGGACUCAAAAACUGGUAACUUCUGUUAGUAUUAUCAGCAGUCAGUUGUGUUAACAUCACUGUUGCCUGUUUUAUUUCACUUGCCAAUGUUCAAAUUUGGGUACAACUCGACAUGGAGUCAAGAUUUUAAGGAGGGAAAUGCACAAAACCGUAACAAAGGCUCGUGUAUGUGAAUUAGUAUUGUUUUGUAGACACCUCAGGAUGGGAAAUAUAUUAUAAGUUCAGGGCUAUUAUGCUGAAUGUUAGAGAAGACAUCCUAGUAUUGUGAGAUUAUCAGUAAGCAGUGAAAUUAUUGUAUACUGUAUACAUGUACUCAUUAUUUUCAGUUUUGCACAUGCACACACUACACUGUAAUUGUUCACUUGUCUGAAAACAAUGUCUUGACUACUGCCAUCUUUGCACUUUUGUAUGCAAACAUUUGCUGCAUUCCAUCUUGUAGGAAAUUGAAAGUCAUUUGAGAUAUUGAGCUGAGAUAUUGAAGUACAUCAAUACCUUUGUUUUAAAGAUUUCAGUCCGUGUAAAAAUUCAUUCGCUGCUACCUGUAGUACAUGAACACUGCAAGUCCUCAUUCUGUUUCUUUAAAAUGUUGUAGAACUGGUGGAUGAAUAAAUUUUUAAAAUGUA